CAGUGACGUAUGGAAUACCGUAGGAACUAUAAACUCCUGAGAAGCGCUUACACGCCUCCGGAAGUUAAAGAGUGACGGACCGAGUGGAGUGGAGCGGCUUCCGGAUGGAGGUGAAGGAUGCCAAUGCUGCUCUGCUCAGCAAUUAUGAGGUGUACCAGCUCCUGGCCGACCUGAAGGAGCAGCGGAAAGAGACCGGCAAGAGCAAGCAUAGCAGCGGACAGCAGAACCUCAACACCAUCAUGUAUGAGACCAUGAAGUACCUGGCCAAGACCCCCUGCAGCCGUCAAAGCCCUGAAGUAGUGAAGGAUUUCCUCAGUGCCAUGCUACCACACAAGCUCACAAAGGCUGAGAAGCUGCAGCUCCUGAACCACCGGCCGCUGACGGCCGUCGAGAUCCAGCUGAUGGUGGAGGAGAGCGAGGAGCGGCUUACGGAGGAGCAGAUCGAGCAACUGCUUCAAACGGUGAUGGAGAUCCUCCCCGGGGACCCGCUACAGGACGCCGGCGCUGCCCCAGUGGAUGCUGAUAUGCAGGACACCACAGAGCAGUGACUUGGCCUGGGAGGAGCUUUUCACACGCUGGCUGUGUGAACAGGGUCCGUAGGGAUUUGUGGUUUCGCUAUAAAUACCCCACAGCGUUUGGUGGGUGGGGCAGAGCAGUCACAAGGUGUCAAGUCCGGUUCAGUUUAUACCUGCAGUGUUUCUCAAAGGGCUUUGGCUCAGGCAUGUGCUUUGCAUAAUAAUGAUGAUGAGAAAUCCUGGUUACCCCCUGAUUUCAUUGUGUGAAGGAUGACACUCUGAGACUGUCCUGUUUGUUCAGCAUGUGGCGGCUGCUCUGAAGUCGUCAUCAUACGUACACAAAUGUCAUUGUUUGAUAUGCAGUAUUUUGUUGAAAUACAAUAAAUGAUGAGUGAUGUAAACACA